AUGUCAACAACAGGCAACCAGCGGGACUUUUGGAUAGCCCAGGAUGAUGUGGCGGUCCCUGGAAGUGCACACGGUGCGAACAUGGACUCAGAACUUGCGUCGAUUGUUUCGUCGCUGUCAGCACUCUCGAACAUCUCAGCGCACCAGCAACAUGGCCAACUGGGCAGUUUCCGUCGUGGUUCGUUCCACAGCAACCACAGCAGCGACAUGGAGUCAGAAUCGUUUUUUCGUGGUCAGCAAUCGCCCACUAUUAAGCGUACCACGCUUUCCGUGGGUGACGUUUCCCUUGGAGGCGGUCCUUCAGGGGUGAAAAGCCGACUUGCAAAGCUAGGAAACUACUCUGCAAGCUUGGCCGGUGGAUCCUCGCUGCACCAGCAGCCAAUGCAAGGUGGGUUUUUCGAACGGUUCGGUCGCAGUCUUGCUGAAGGCACGCGCGAAGUCGAAAUGAAUCUGGGGGCCUCAUCGGGUAGAUGCUCUCGCAGGGAAAGCUUCAAUGCCAUGGACUCUAUCUCCCGGGCUGCAACCAAUUCGACACUUGGAGCCGCUGUAAUCAAUCCUGAGGGAAGGAGGCCCUCCGAGUCCUCUGAUGCUCUGGAGUCCCUGAGUGAAAAUCUGAACAUGCAACAGGAGGAGCCGAAGCUCGAUCACAGAAGCAUAUGGAAGGUCGCUGAAGCCCCUGUCUUUAGACCUCAAGCUCUCGCAACAGCCCCAGGUGAUGCUUCUUUUCAGCCCCCUUCCGUGGACAUGUUUGGAAACCCAAUCGGAAACCCAUACGGAAUUCCUCCUUAUCCUAAUUACUGGAAAAUGCCAAAUCCUAUGAUUGCGCCAAUGGUUCCGUCCCCUAAUGCUGAUGGGACCGUGCCCAGCGCAAGUCCUAACAGCAACAAGGUCCCAGCAGCUGGAAACUUUGAAGCAGAUUCUCGUAGUCAGUAUCCUCCCUUUAUGUUUGGAAAUAACUACAUGUUUUUCCCGCCAGUGGUAGGGCCUCCGUCGCCAGAGUCGUUUCGAGCCUCUCCAAAUCCUGCGAAGUCAUCAACGAAGCCUGAGCCUACCAAGCCUCAGGGUAAUCCUUACUUGUACAACAACAGAAAUCACAAACCUAAUAACGGGAGUCCAGGUGCCCAGAGCUUUUCGCCUUCCCCAAACCCAUCAGAUUCUACCCCUCAUGGGGGGCCUCGAGGAAAAGGCAAAAACAACAUUAUCCGGUCGCCUCUUUUGGAAGAGUUCAGAAACAGUUCUGCGGAGAAAAGCUACAAACUUCCGGACAUAUAUGGCUCUGCCCUUGAAUUCUGCAGGGAUCAGCAUGGUUCCAGGUUUAUUCAGCAAGAACUUGUAAAAGCCACAGAUACUGAGAAGGAAGUGAUCUUCAAUGAAAUAAGGGAAAAGAUUGUGACGCUGGCAGAGGAUGUGUUCGGAAAUUACGUUAUUCAAAAGUAUUUUGAGUACGGGCUCAAGAGCCAGAAAGACGUGCUUUUCGAAAAGUUCUCUGGGAAGAUUCAAAAGCUAUCAUUGCAAAUGUACGCAUGUCGUGUCAUUCAAAGAGCACUUGAAUGCAUAGAAGAAGAACAGAAAGUGGCAUUGGUCAAUGAGCUGUCGGGGUGUGUCUUACAAAUGAUCAAGGACCAGAACGGCAAUCACGUCAUUCAAAAAGCUGUCGAGCGCAUUCCUAUGGCCAGGUUGUCAUUUAUUUUGGGUAGCCUACAGGGACAAAUUUAUCAUCUCUCCACGCAUUCGUACGGGUGCCGAGUCGUUCAGAGACUGUUAGAAUUUGGCUCGCCGGAAGAUCAAAACACAAUCUUGAACGAUCUCGAUUCUUUUAUUCCCUUUUUGAUUCAGGAUCAAUAUGGCAACUACGUCAUACAACACAUAUUACAGCAUGGUUCCGACGAUCUGGACACACACAUUGGGAAAACGAAGCAGUCCAUCGUGGACGCUGUUUCCAAAAAUGUCGUGGAGUAUUCUAAACAUAAGUUUGCCUCCAAUGUGGUGGAAAAAACGAUGCUUUUCGGGUCCCCCGCGCAGAAAAAGCAGUUUCUGGACAAAGUACUUCCUAGAGACGCGGAGCAUGCAACUCACUUGGAGGAUAAUGCGCCGUUGAUCCUCAUGAUGCGCGACCAAUACGCCAACUACGUAGUGCAGAAGCUGGUUGGCGUGGCACAGGGUACAGAUAAGAAGCUCGCCGUAGUGGCCAUUCGCUCGUAUCUGGACAAGUUGAACAAGGCGAACGCUCUGGGCAACAGACAUCUGGCGUCGGUUGAGAAAUUGGCCUCGAUCAUCCAGAAUGUGCACGUGUAA